UCUAAAAACAGAGUUCAUUGUUCACUGUGAAGAUAUUGAACACUGAAUCAAAACAAUACGUCUGUUGUCAUGCCAUGGUCCAGGAUUAUCUCCCACUUAUCAGGUGCAUUUUAUUAAGCAGGCUGAAUAAGUGGGCCGGCCCGGUCGGUCUUGCUACCUCAGCAGGUGGGACGGGCCACAGAGCCACUCUGGAUCUCCCAACCUCUUACCUGCACACUUGAGCCGGAAUCACCGCACAGAGUGCAGAAGAUGGUUUUUCUAACAACUAAAGUGAUGCAAAGGACUGCUUUCUUUGUGACGUUUGGGGGUUUGGUCACUUCUCUGAUCACCGCCUUCCUUCCAUUCUGGAAGACGAUGAACUCUGACCUGAACGAAGUGGAGAACUGGUUCUCUGGGCUGUGGCACACCUGCCUCUACACCGAGGAGGUGGGGAUUCAGUGCAAGGCCUAUGAUUCCAUCAUGGGGCUGCCGAUGGAUCUGCAGAUCUCCAGGGUGCUCAUGUCUGUGUCUAUAGGCACUGGAGGUUUAGCUCUGCUGGCGACCUUCCCAGGAAUGGAGGGGGUCGGGAUGUGCGUGGGGCAACCGGGUCUGAAGAGGCAGCUCCUCAUCCUCGGCGGGGUGCUGUCCUGGGUGUCAGGGCUCACCACUCUGGCUCCCAUCUCUCUUGUCGCUUACACAACUACGGUGGACUUCUGGAACGAGGGCUUACCUGAUGUGAUGCCCCGCUGGGAGUACGGAGAGGCGAUGUUCUCUGGGUGGUUUGGAGGUUUGACUCUGGUCAUCGGAGGGACUCUCUUCUUUGUAGCUGUGUGCAUGGGGGACUACGACCAGAGGCCACCAAGUGUGCCAAACAGCCCGCAGGCGAAGCACAGGACAAAGCACUACCUGAAGACAGAGGUUUUAUAGAUGUCUUAUUGUCAAAUGUGCACAUUCAUACACUUCAUAUGGAGACCUGUCAGCUUGUGGAGUGAUGACGUAAUUAAAUACUUCAGCAGCUCUAUUUGUGUGAUAAUGACGAGAAUAACAUUUCUGACUGAAGUAACAUGAAAGCUACAUGUGUU